UUACACACAACCGUUUCAAAAUAUCCGGAGGACCCGCUAGAAGUAGUAUGGCCGACACAGUGGAACCAGAGCCUCCCCCACCUCCACCAGAGGAGGUCACGAUAACCCAGCCAGUCACGGUCAUACCGUCCAACGCCACACCCCCUCGCCAAGGAUGCAUGGGAAAGAGGAGCCGGCUAGAGAAGGUUUUGCUCGUCUUGGUUAUCUUCGUGCUCAUCAUCUGCUUGGGCUUCGUCGCUGCCUUUAUCAUUUUUUAUUUCUUCGCCACUCCCCCCGUAGUAACAUGUUUAACAGAGAACUGCGUACGAUCAGCAUCACGCUUGAAAGAGAAAAUGAACGAAAAAGUGAAUCCAUGCGACGAUUUCUACGAAUACGCUUGCGGUGGUUGGUUAAAAAAGCAGGAGCUCAAACCUCACGAAACGAAGAUUGAUUUAGCCUCAACAAUCAAUGAUGGGAAUUCGGUCAAGAUCAAGGGUUUGUUGGAAAUGAAAAAUGAAGCCAAAGACCCUGCCUAUAAAAAAUUGCCUAGAUUAUUCUAUUCCAGGUGUAUGGACUUAAACAGAUUGAAUGUGAGGGGUGCUGAGCCAUUUCUUAAACUGGUCGAGAGCAUCGGCAAGUUCCCAUCCUUGGACAGCACCUGGAAUGAAACAGAUUUUAAAUUGGAGGACAUUUUGAUUAAAUUGGCUAGACAUCGUUUGAUGCCCUUGGUAACAUUGUAUGUGCACAGGGAUAUUAAAAACGUGGAUAAGAAUAAAAUAUAUAUAACUGAUGCAUCACUGACACUGAGCAAUAAAGCAUCGUACCAGGAGGGUAGGAAUGAUCAGCGUGUUAAGAGCUAUGAAAAAUGGUUCAUCGACACUCUGGUUCAGCUUGACGUUGAUAAACAAGAUGCAGAGACAGAUGCAAAAGAUGUUGUGGAUUUUGAAAUCAAACUUGCUAAACUCAUGAGAAGUGAUGUAGAUAAAACAGAUCAGGAAUCAACCUACAACUCUAUGAGUGUGGCAACUUUGCUUGGAAAAUACACCUGGUUAAAUUGGUUGGAGUUACUUCAAGGACUAGCAUCACCUUACAGUAUUUUCAUUGGUAAUGAGGAAAUAAUUAUCAACAUGGAACCUGCAUAUCUUGAGAAACUGGGGGAAGUGCUCAAAAAUACACCAAAAAGGGUCCAGGCUAACUACCUCAUGUCCAAGCUGCUUGGCUUUACUGAACUACUGAGCACCAACUUCACACUUCUCUAUGACCAACUGAUAGCGGCAACACUAAAGACCCAGCCAAGGCCUAGAUGGGAGAAGUGUGUAGAGGAAGCAACUGCCUUGUUCCCUGAUGCAAUUAGUCGAAUGUACAUAGACAACUUUUUCAGCAAAGAAGCUAAAGAAUAUCUAAGCACAAUGAUAAGUGAUUUGACUGAAGCUUUUAAAGAAUUACUGCAUGAGAAUACUUGGAUGACUAAAGAGACCAAGAAAAAAGCAGAGGAUAAGCUCAAUGCAAUUGGUUCUAAAAUUGGAUAUCCAGAUUAUAUUCUUGAUGAUGUUCAACUUAACACUCUGUAUUCAAAUAUUUUCUCAAAAGAAACAGAAUAUUUUGAAACCAAUACAGCCUACCUUAAUAACGCAGCUGAAAAUAAUAUUAAGAAACUGAGGGAACCAAAGGAUAAGAGCAAGUGGCCUGUCCCAGCAAUUACAGUCAAUGCUAAUUACGAUACUUUAAAUAAUGAAAUUAUCUUUCCUGCUGCUUUCCUGCAACUUCCCCUCUACAGUCAGGAUUUUUCAAGUUCUGAGGGAUAUGGUACAGUGGGAUCUAUGUAUGGCAGGUUGUUAACUAAAGGGUUUUAUGGUAAUGGCAGCCACUAUGAUAAGGAUGGAGUGUACAGGGACUGGUGGACAGAUGAAGACAAGGCAAACUUCAAAUCUCGUUCCCAGUGCUUUGUUGAUCAGUAUGGAUGUUACAGUUGGGACGGACACAGUGUAAAUGGGAUCACAACACUUGGAGAAAACAUUGCUGAUAAUGGAGGGCUUAAGCAGAGCUACAGAGCUUACAGAAAUUUUGUGAAAAGACAAGGGUCAGAGGAGAAUAGAUUACCUGGCCUUGACCUAAAUCAUAACCAGAUUUUCUUCCUCAGCUUUGCUCAGGUGUGGUGUGCCAAGUACAGGGAUGAGGUCAAGAAAGAAGUUGUGGAAACUGACAUUCAUUCUCCCUCUAAAUUUAGGGUGUUUGGGACACUGAGAAACUCCAAAGAGUUUGCAGAAGCUUUCAUGUGUAAACCAGGCUCUAGGAUGGUCACUCUGGACAAGUGUGUGUUGUGGUGAUGCAAGUCUCAUUUAGUUCCGUUGGAGUUCAAGAGAAAAUGGAAUCUGGGCAGUCCAAUACUUGCCUGAAGAAUUAAAAAACAGUUAUGCAAAACUAUUUUCUAAAGUUUUUAGGUGCAUGAUUUAAAAAAGAUUACCAAUGUUAAUGGACAAUUAAUUUCCAAAUGUAAAAUCUUUAUUUAAAAAUGUAAUGUAAAAUGAUUAAAUAGAAACAUUUAAAUGUUUUGCCAAAUGGUUAGAAAAUAUAUGAGUGGGUUUCAGAAAAGUUUUUUUUAUGUAUACCUUCCAUAAAAUAACCAAAGCUCAUUGUGUAUGAUGUGUGACUAGUUAGGGUUUAUUAGUUGUGAUUAUGUACUUGUAGUUAGAUAGAUAUAUAAACAGAAAUUAGAAAAUAAUAGUACAUAUUUAAACUUAUGACAGUUACAAAUGCAUAUAGGGAUAAUGAAAUGUAAUGGGCAUAGAUGUGGUUUGAAUGAACAGCUAUGGAUGUGAUGUUAGAUAUUGUUUCAUCUAUAGAAAUGUUUGUUAACAUGUUGAUGUAAGAAAGUGAACACUUCACUUGAGAGAGUGAGAGAGAGAGAGAGAGAGUUAUUGCUGGUGUGUUUUUACUUAGGCUUAUCGAAUCCUCUUAUUUAAUCAUUGCUAACAAAAUGGCUAGAAUAAAAAAUUUAUCAUUAAUAAUUGAUAAUCACUCAGUAUUUUAAUUAUAAAAUCAUCAGGGCAAAUAUACUCACAUUAAAAAGUAGAUAUAGGAUUUUUUUUUAAGAUACAAAUUUCAAAUGAGAUUAAUUUUUAUAUUGAGAGGUUGAAUUUUGAUCACUAAUUAUGUAUUUUGUCUAAGAAAUAGAAAUACAAAAAAAGUUGUGUUUAGUAAAAAAAAAUUGCAUUAUCUGUGAUUCUCAUCUAUUUUGUAAUUAGCAUUUUGUUUCUAUUUAUUUUUGUAAUAGCAU